UGCUUGAAAACUGUGCGGAAACGGAAGAUGAGUGAAAGAUUGUAAAAGCAUUUUUGAUUUUUGUUUAGUGUUAAGGUAAAGUUAAUUGGAUCAUAGUUUUUCGUAUUUGGGAAACAGUUUUUUACUUGUUUAGUUAAUUUAAUUAAGAUGGCUGUUCAAAAAGCAAAACCAGCAACCAAGAAGGAACAACCAAAGGCCGGCGGAGACGCUGCUGGAAAAUCCACUGCUGGAACAUCAAAGGCUCAACCAGCUAAACCCAAAGCAGCCAAACCCGCUGCUGCCAAGAGUACUGCUGCUGGAAGUAAAGGAGCUCCAGGAAAAGUCCCCGCUGUCGGUAAAGCAGCCAAAGGUGCUAAGGCCGGAGCCGCAGCCAAAGGUGCCAAGGCCGGAGCUCCAGCUAAAAGUGGUAAGCUUCCAGCUCAAUCUGGUAAAGGUAAAGCUCCUGUGACUAAGGACAAGACCAAGGCCGCCGCUGCUGGUAAAGGUAAAGCUGCUGUUCAGAGCAAAGAUAAGAGCAAGACCGCCGCUGGUAAAGGUAAAGCUUCAGCCAAGACAGUUUCAAAAUCAAAAUCGGCCGCUGCUGCAGCUGCUGCUAAGAUUAAGGCUAAAGCUAAGGCUUUGAAAACCGCUAAGAAAGUGACAAAGGGUGUCUACACCAAACGUGCAAGGAAAGUUAGAACCAGUGUCCACUUCCAUCGACCAUGGGUUAAGCAUCUUCCAAGGAAUCCUAAAUACGAAAGGAAAAGUGUACACAAGAGGCCUAGACUGGACAAAUUCUCUGUCAUUAAACAUCCAUUGACUACUGAAUCAGCUAUGAAAAAAAUUGAAGACCACAACACUCUUGUUUUCAUUGUAGACCUUAAGUCUAAUAAGCCUCAAGUUAAGAUGGCUGUCAAGAAAUUGUAUGAUAUUGGUGUUGCCAAAGUCAACACAAUGAUUCAACCUGACGGUCAAAAGAAAGCUUAUGUAAGACUAGGUCCAGAUUAUGAUGCUUUAGAUGUAGCAAACAAGAUCGGUAUCAUAUAAACUAUGUUCUUUUGGAUAUUAAAUUAAAGAUGGUUAAUCAUAACCCAAA